AUGACUGGAAUGGAAGCAGUGAUUGUGGAUGGCAAGUCAGCCGCAUCUGUGAAGCAUGUUGAAGCACCAAAGCUGCAACCACGCUCUAUUCUCGUUAGGGUGCAAUGCAUUGCACUUAACCCCACCGACUGGAAGCAUUUGGACUACUACGGCAAAGCAGGCACGACCCUCGGGUCUGACUUCAUGGGCACUGUGAUUGAAAAGGCACCCGACGCUGGUACAAAUGUCAAGGUUGGCGACCGCGUUGCCGGCAUGGUCCACGGUGCCUGGGAAGUUGGUGUUGGUGCGUUUGCGCAGUACGUUGUGACGUUGCCAGAGUACGUUGUGGCGGUGCCAGACUCGAUGUCGGAUGAGGAAGCAUCUGGUCUCGGUGUGGCUGGCAUAACAGCUAUUUUUGGACUGUUCCAGAACAAGCACCUUGGCUUGCCAGAGCCAAGUGGAACCGAACUUCCGCCGGUGGAUCCGAAGCUGAAGGUGCUUGUGUGGUCGGGUGCCUCGUCGGUAGGCCAGUUUGUGAUUCAGACGGCCCGUGCUAUUGGUGCCUAUGUGAUUGUGACAGCGUCUGCUAGGCACCUUGACUGGCUGAAGUCGCUUGGUGCGUCGGAGCUGUAUGAGUACUCGAACAGCGAGACGCCGAAGCGCAUUGCCGAGGCGCACCCAGAUCUCAAGUAUGCGUUUGACACAUACUCGAUGAAUGGGUCGCAAGCUGCAUGCGCCGCUUCGAUGAGUAAGACGGAGGCUGGUAAGAUUGUGUCGCUUCUUCCAUUUGACCAUGGCACUGUGACGGAGGCCAACCCUAUGGCUAAGUGCACGUUCCUUCUUUUGUACACCGUUUCCGGCCAGAGGACUCAGAUCUUCUCCGCUGAUUUCAGUGAGGAGUACUGCAAGGAAGAUGCGAAGUACAUGAUCCGCGCUGCCAGCGGAAAGGACGGUCUGUUCUACCGCUUGCUAUCGUCUGGCCUGGUGAAGCCGAACCGCACGAGCCCUCAGACGGGUGGCUUGUCGGGCAUUCUGAGUGGCCUUGACCUUAUGCGCCACAACAAGGUGUCGGGUGAGAAGCUAGUGUAUAAAAUUGAGUAG